UGAAAGUCUCGCGAGGUGUGCAACACGAUUUGACGAGACUUUGCUUGUCACGUGACCCGGAUAAACGACGCUUGGCGCCGUGGAUUCAAGGAUAAAGACAUCGACUUGAUGAAAGUCGAGGACGUCAUCGUGGGCACGAACAUGAGCAACACCGACCCAGAGAUGAAAUCUGGUGAAUCUUCUGCGACGUCCCUGCUGCACAUCCGAGAGGACUAUGACGAUCCGCACUGUCCACAAUGUCUCAUCACAUUUCGGUCCUCUGAGACCAGAAAGAACCACAUGCGGAGGACUCACCCAGAGCAGUACAGCAGGCAUUUGAUGCAGAACCACACGCUGUUCUCGUGUUAUAAGUGUGAUAGGCUUUUUGGUUCCCCGGAGGAACUUAAGGUGCACAGUGGGCUCCAUCACCAGGCUGACGACAUCCCUGUCUGCUCCUCCUGCUCCAAAGUCUUUACCAACUUUAGUGGGCUCUACAGGCACAAACGGAAGGGCUGCGUGGAAGGCGUGUGGCGCUGCAGAGACUGUGGUGUGCGCUGUCGCAGCCUCAUGGACUUUCACUUGCACUGUAUCGAAGACCACGAUAAGGACGUGGUGUCGGCGGCACAAAGUGGCGGGCGCCUCUGCUCCAUCUGCUGGCGCCACUUCCUCACCGACGAGGCGCUGAGGAAUCACCAAGACAGGGUCGACGGCGCUGUAAUGCAGCCCACUGUUAAACGCAACCUGCAAACCAAGACCAUGAAGAUGCACGAUAAGAAGAAGAAGAAGAAGAAGAAGAGGGUUGAGGACGACGACGAUGCCAACAAAGACAAUGAAGAGGACAAAGAGGAAGAGAAGUUGAGGAUUCCGUGUCCUGAAGAUGACUGCGAUCUGGUGUUCCCAUCCAUUGACGCCCUGAGAGCACACAAGAGGAGCCAGCACCCAGCGCAGCCACCAUCUUCUUUGGGUCACAACAAGCGCUGACCAUGGCAUAAAUGCCAGCCUGUACAUUACUGUUGUUUGUUUUCAAUGCUGCAUCCUUUUUUCACUUGUACACUUGAUGGCAAGCUUUUUCCUCAUCAGCAGCCAUUUUAGUUGUUUUAAAGCCUUCAGAAGAAGGGGGGGUUAUGGUGAAAUCCAAACAUUUGCAAUUGCUUUUUUUUUUUUUCCAAAAGGAUUUUUUUAAGUUAAAAACCACGAUAUUUGAAUGAUCAGUGCUUUCGGGUUAACAAUAUUAAAAAUUGUCUUCAAUAAACAAAAUAUUCAUGUUGAUUU